UGCGGAACUAUUGCGUUCUCUACUGCAGGUUGUAGGGAUAAAUAUACAGAGCGGACUGGACUAAAUUUCAUGGUUGACUAGAUCUCUUGGAAAGCAUUACACUGCAGGUGGAGAGAUGAGCCUCUUCCCUGUGAUUGACACAUAUGUGCCGGAAGCAGCCAAUGGGGUGGAUACACCAGACUCCCCUGGAUCCUGCAGUGAGAAUGGCCCGCACAUCUACUCCCCUACUACUCCCUCGCAGCUCCUGAAGUUUGGGGGCAGGGUGCCAAGGCCUGGGCACGGAUCCCUCGAUGGGACCCCUGAAGAGACUGAGAACUGUGUGGAUGGAGAGAGAGCAUGCCAUGUGCAAGAAGACCCCAUAGACACUCCUCACAACUACAUGUCCCAUUCGGACAAACAACACAAAGAUACGCUCCUAUCAAAGCCCUCCCGCCCCACUGCCACAUGCGCGGCAGACACAAACCCACACGCGGCACCUCAAGACAUGUCCCUCACUGGACCCCUCCAAACAGAUGAGCCCCUAAAUGAUGUUCUGUCUAGAGACUCACAGCAUACCGCCACCGCAACAAGCAUUCCAUCCAAAGACACAGCCCUACAGAGGGACACUCCCAGUGCAGACAGACUUCUGUCAGAGACCGAACACACAGAGCCUUGUAACUGCUGUUCUGUAGAAACAGAGGAGGAGAAGCAGGAGGAGGAGAGCCAGGAGCAGCAUUCAGGAAACACCCAGGCGGAAGUCUCAGCUCAGCUUACAGAGGAGCCCUCAGCAGCAGCUCCCAGCCCAAGCUCUGCCCCAGCCAAGAGGAAUUCAUCAGACAGCAGCCCCUGCCCGCCCCACGUCAUGGCCCAGGUGCAUGUGCGGAACGUCCCCGAGCGGGAGCGCAUCGUCCGGGGCAUGCAGGACAGCAAGAGUCUGGAUGAGAUCAGCCAGGCGUGCGGAGGAGGGGGUGGCAGCCGGGGGGGCCAACCAGAGGGCCGCAGGGCCACCAUCUCCUCUGCCCUGGAGCUGGAGGGAACAGUCAGCCACGACGGGGACCUGACCCACUUCAUCUGCCGCAACCUGGAGCAGAAGAUCAAGAUGAGCUCCAAGCCCAGCCUGGACUGUGACUGUGACUCGGACUGCUCGGGUUCCAUCAGUAGCAGGGGUCGGGGGUCGUCGUUGCGGCAGCCGGCAGACAUCCCUCCCAUCGACCCUGCUGUCCUGGUGGACCUACAGAGACACACUCAGGAUGUUGCCCACAGUGUGGAGCUGAUGAUGCGCAGCCUCAACGGAACCAUCCAGAACAUGACAGCGCUGAGUGUGGGAUACAUCCAAACCUACAGAGACUCAGUGGACAGCCUGGGGGAGUCUGUUGACAUGAGCAUAAAGGGAAUGUACACGCUGAUGGCGCGCUGUGAGGAGCUUGAUCGUUCCAUGCAGCCUAUCCACACCCUGGCUGCCCAGAUCCGGGACAUCAAGCGCACCCUGGAUGCCCUGGAAGCUAUUUGCAAGUAGCCCCUCCACCCUGGAGGCCCCUGACCCUCAUCCACUGCAAACACUUUGUUAACCUAAUGACCCCCCUGGAAUCACUGCUACUAAUCAUGCCAGCUUCAUGGGUGAUCUACAUUAACCCCCUCUCCUCACCCCUCCCCAUGGAGACGCCCCUCCCCGCCCCUGAGAUCCUCGCUCGGCUAGGAGCCCUCCACCUGACAGAACUUGAAGGAAACGGAACACUUGAUGCUUUUCUAAAUGUAUUCCCGUCCGACCCAUUUGGUUCAGAUUGCACUAACUGCUGCUGCCCACACGGUGGCACUCUCUCCCUCAAGUUAUCAUUACUCAUUGUGUAUCUAUUAUUUAAUGUUUUACUUUUCUAUUAUUUCUCAGUUUUCUUUCUCUGUAUUGUCAGGAAGGGCCUGUUGUUUAUGAAGCAUGUGCCGAAUAAGGUCUGAUUUGUAUGGAGCAUGAGCUUUAGGAACGAUUGUGAUAAGAUUUAGAUGUUAGUCAUUUCUUAGGCCGGUUCCUGAAACUGCCUGUGGCAGGUUUUAAUAGUGACAUGAGACAGCUGAAGGUGUGGGGGUACAUAUUAUAUUGUAUAAAGGGCAGUCCCUCCAUGUUAUAUACCUGUUAGUUAUCAGGCUGUUACCAACCAAAAGCCAAUCCCUGUAAAGCUCUCCUCUGUUCCCUGGAUAGAUUGUUGUGCUUUAGGAGACUGUGGUACCUUUUGGCACAUCACAGGCUGGCUGGUAGGUAGGCCUGUCUCAAUUUCUAACAUAUCUAUUUGGCUUAAAUUGUGUUGCCAUGGUGAGAGGUUCUGGACAGCCGUUACAUGUAACAUGCCCUUACAGGACUUGUAUGUUACCAGAUGUCGUCAGACCUGCUGAAGACCCACCUAGAUAAGGCAGCACCCACACACUGGAUAUAAAAGGGGAUGGGCUGUAAGACUAUAGACUUUGGGGGGGACGCAUGUUUGUCUGGGGAGAGAGGGAUGGCCUCUAACUGCUCUUAAUAAUAUCUCUGUACAAUCAGAAGCACCUUUGUGCAUAUCUUUCUGUAACAAAACAAUGAUUUUUGUCCUAAGUGUAUAUUUUAAGAAAAAUAACGAAUUUACAUGA